UCGCCAGGCACGGCUUAUCGAUAGGCGCUAUUGCAUACCUGGUACCCCGUCUUCGCUACAAUAUUUGCCUUUACCGGUUCUGCUGCAUUGCAAACGUCAAUCAAUUCGCGUAAUUAUUAACAAUUUAGCAAAAUGAGCAGCUCCGAGGAAGUCUCCUGGGUCACCUGGUUCUGCGGACUUCGUGGCAAUGAGUUCUUCUGCGAGGUGGACGAGGACUACAUACAGGAUAAAUUCAAUUUAACUGGUUUAAAUGAGCAGGUGCCCAACUAUCGCCAGGCCUUGGACAUGAUCUUGGAUCUGGAGCCGGAGGACGAACUCGAGGACAAUCCCCUGCAGUCCGAUAUGACCGAGCAGGCCGCCGAGAUGCUCUACGGCCUUAUACACGCUAGAUAUAUACUAACAAAUCGCGGCAUCGCUCAAAUGAUCGAGAAAUAUCAAACUGGCGAUUUCGGACACUGCCCACGUGUCUACUGCGAAAGUCAGCCCAUGCUGCCCUUAGGUCUGUCGGACAUUCCCGGCGAGGCAAUGGUGAAGACCUAUUGCCCUAAGUGCAUUGACGUGUACACACCCAAAUCAUCGCGCCACCACCACACCGAUGGCGCCUACUUUGGCACUGGAUUUCCACACAUGCUCUUCAUGGUGCAUCCCGAGUAUCGUCCCAAGCGUCCUACUAAUCAGUUUGUUCCAAGGCUGUAUGGCUUUAAAAUACACAGCUUAGCUUAUCAAAUUCAGCUGCAGGCAGCAGCCAAUUUCAAAAUGCCACUACGAGCGCAGCCAGUAACGCCUGCGAAUAAGCCGAAGAUCCCCAAGCCAGCGGCGGGCAAGAAUUAAGGAUAACCCAGCUCCCUCAAGAAGAAACCGAAACAAGAGAAAAAACAUUCAAUUCAGUCAUUCACAUCCACUCACUCACACAAACGCACACACACACACAGAACCCCAAAACCCACAGAACGAAGAGGAGGAGAAAAGAAGCAGCCGCUUGGAAAAUAAGGAUGUGGACGAGGAAGAGACACGGCACGCAGCGCCCACGCAACGAAACAAAUGAAUUAAAAAGAAGCCCCAAAAAGCACACAUACACACACACUCAACUCAGACACACACACACUCAUGAGCAUGCACGGACAAGAAGGAAAAAGGGAAAAGGACCACGCAAUGCAUCCUUUUCCCAAGUGCACACACUGUAAUAAAACCAAGAGUAACGGCAAGUGUUGCCUUAUCGUUCGCAGAAGCAAUAAAAAUCGUGUGACUGUGUUCAACAAUCAAUCAAAAACGCAAAUGAUGAAUAAAUCGAAAAGCCAGCAUUUAAAAUUGAUUGAUUGUGUGUUCAGUAAAGUUAAAAAAAUUAUAAUACAUACAUGGCUUUGGCUUCGUUCCAGUUGUAGCGGCAUUAAUCGGUAUAGUUUAGUUUUUUAAGGGUCCAAUUCAGAAUCGUUUCCAUUUUAAUUCUACUGAAUUCUUCCCUCACCCUUGUUGUUUUUUUUUAGUUCCUUAAUUCUAAACGUAUUGUAUGUAGUGCAAGAGCAUUUCCCAAUUGUAAUGAUGUAGAAUUGCAUUUAUUCUGCCAAAACGAAUCAAUUUGUUUUUUUUUUAUGUUGUUAAGAUCAAUAUGAAUAUUUGCGUAAAAUUAAAAGAACGCAAAACAAAACAAAAAACAAACAAUAAAACAAGAAGUGAAGAACGUUUUUUAAGAAAAUUAGAAAUAAAGUAUAAAUAUAUAUAUAUAUAUGGAAAUCUAUAUAGAGAUCGAUAGAAAGGCCGAGGACCGUUGAUAAGUUAAUCUGAAAGUGUGCAGAAAACUGUUUACAAUUAAUAAAUGAGAAAAUAAAACAAAACAAGAAAUGAAAAUAAUGGAGAACAAAAGUAAUAAUAACAAUUACUAAAAUAAAAACAAAACUGAUAUUUAAUACAAAUCGCCGUCUAUCAUUUCGCCACUUCGAAUUAGAUAUCCCCUCACUUAAAUGUAUUAAGAUCAUUUACAGUUACAGUCAAAAUAUUAUUAUUAUAUAUUACUAUCUAGGGAUGUACGUUAAGUUUCAAAAAUCCCUUAAUAAGAAUGUAUGCCACACACUCAUAUAGCUUGGACUAGACUUUUGACAUUCGUAAAAAUUGCCAUAGGUCAUUAAAUAAUCCAAUUCAACUGAUUUAUCUCUUUAAAAUUAAAUUCCUAAAAGUUUUUGUGAUCAUUGUAAUUAUGUUUUACUAACCUCAAUAAUAGUUAAUUUAAUUACAAUAUUUCCGAAUUAGGGCUUUUAUUUUGACUGUAACUGUCUUAAUGUCGGUCACUUGCGUGUCACCGCUGUGUUCAAUGUUCCAUGUGCUCUGUUCCUGGGUAUUUUCGCAUACCUUUUUAAUUUGAUUUCACUUUUCUAUAUGCUAUGCGCUUGGCACCUAAAGGACUACAUUGCACUCUGUCAGGAGAUCCUGAGUCGUCCUGAUCCCGAGGCCGAGGCCGAGUGAUCGUCGUUGUGCGUAGAGCCCUCUCCGUUUUCCACAGACGAACUUCUUAAACUUGCACAAAAAUAUUUUUUAUGGAGUCUUAAAGUUGCAGAAAUAAUGUUAAAAUAUUUUGUAGACUAUCUUUUAUGAAAUCUUAAUGAAAAAGGAAUUCUA